AUGUCAAAGGUUAACCAAGUUCGUGGACGUCAUAGCCUAUCUCGACGAACAAUUGGACCGCCUCUCCAUAUCCUCCAUGAACUGCGAAGCUAUAUUGGCCACACAGUCAAUACAGACCUACAAACCAAUCGCGGAAUGAAAACGUACAUUCUAUGCUUUGAAACUAAGAAGAAAGAGGCCCAGACAGAGGUGGAAGAAGACAAGAAUCAGGAGCUGAAUGAUAAGCUUAGCAUCGGCAUUGACGGUCGUGGGACUGCAGCCCACUCGAGCUCGAAAUCUGGCCGUCACCAAUUCAGCCCACUGUCUAUUCCAUACCCUAUAUACUGCGACAGAAAUUUCAGCAACCUGGUGGCGACCACUGCACAAAAGGAAACCAUAUAUGCCCUGUCAACACCUGCUGGGAAAGGUGGAGUCGCCAUUGUACGCAUCUCAGGGCCUGAUGCUCUAGAGGUUUGGAAGAGCAUGCUACAUUCUCAUGGCACGAACAAACCAUUACGAGAACCCACUCCAUGGAAAUUGCAACGAUGUCGAAUUCUACAUCCAGAGGAUGGAUCUUUGAUAGACGAUGGUUUAGCUGUAUAUUUUCGAGCUCCUUACUCAUACACAACAUUUCCAACUGUGGAACUACAUAUUCACUCCGGCAGAGCGCUGAUUUCUGCACUUCUUUCUGCACUUUCCUCGUUUCCACAGUUGCGGCCCGCGGAGCCAGGAGAAUUUACACGACAAGCACUUCUUGGAGGCCGCCUUGAUCUUACCCAAGUCGAGGGCCUGCACGACCUAAUUGAAGCUGACACUGAAGUGCAGAGGGUCUGGGCAUUGGGCGGAGCUGGGGGAGAAACUCGAUCUGAGUAUGACGCUCUGCGAAACAAGAUAAUCCAUUGUUUAUCCCAAAUAGAAGCCUUGAUAGACUUUGGAGAAGGUGAAGACAUAGAAGCAGGGGUAUACGCACAAGCACAAAUUGAAGCUUCGGAGCUUCUUGUGACAAUCCAAAAGCAUUUAUCAGAUAGCCGACGCGGAGAACUGAUUCGUUCUGGCAUAAAAAUGGCUAUUUUUGGCCCCCCAAACGCAGGGAAAAGCAGUUUGUUCAAUUACUUAGCUAAUCGUCAGGCAGCAAUUGUUACGCCCAUUCCAGGAACAACCCGAGAUGUACUGGAGCUUACACUUGACAUUGGGGGAUUACCUGUCGUCGUGGCUGACACAGCCGGUAUUCGAGCAACACAAGACACCGUAGAAGUUAUCGGUGUGCAACGAGGAAUCAGCGCAGUCAAAGCUGCCGAUGUAUCUGUUUGUGUCCUUCCCUUGCCUGAAGCUCUAGCAGCGUUCGACAAUGGGAAGCCCAUAAUCCCAGAAGAUAUUCAGAAUCAUGUCACAUCAUCGACCUAUUUUCUAUUUAACAAGACUGACCUAGUAAGCGACCGAGAUAACCAAGAUGUACGAGCUGUAUACCGCUCCAAUGGCUUGGCAGGUAGGGCAUGGAGCGCUAGUUUAACCGAUGGCAAAGGAACCCACGCGUUUGUGCAGGGUCUCUCCACGGCUCUUAAAUCUCAGUUUGAAAUUGACGAUUUAAAACACCAUGCUCCCCUCAUAACACGUGCCCGGCAUCGAGUGCACCUGGAAUCAGCGUGCAGGUUCCUGGAAGCUUUUCUCGCUUUACCCCCUGAAGAUGUUGUGUUGGCUGCUGAAGAGCUGAGGUAUGCUGCCCAGGCAGUUGGGCGUGUCACUGGUGUUAUUGGUGUUGAAGAUGUUUUGGACGCCCUUUUCCGUGACUUUUGCAUCGGAAAGUAG